AUGGCGCAUCAGGAUGAAUCCAUGUCUGUGUUUGAUUUAUUACCCAAGAAGCCCCCUCCCCUCCGACAAAUCCAAGAAGAAUUCCUCUGGUCUCGUUCAGAGGAAUUCUUUGCGAUACGGGAUCCGGCUGAGCGGCCGUUUUUCUUCAACAGACUCUUUUCGCGUUGGUUUGCACGUUGGCCUGAGGAGAAAGAGUUGUUUCCUGGGACUCCUUUCUAUAAAUUGACUCCAAAGCAAAUGGCCGCAGUAGGUGUUGCAGUGCGAAAACGCCGCAGGCAUAUUACACCUCAUCUGAUAGGCGGUAUCCCAGAUGCCCCAAGGCCCGAAGUUAUGGGUAAAAAAAAGUGGACAACGAAGGAACAAGCCGCACUCCUGGAGAAGUUCCUCCCUGAAUACCGCGAAUGUAUCCCCACCAAGAAAUACGACCCUGUAUUGAAAAAAGCCUGCCUGGAGUUCUUCAAUCAGUGGCCAGAACGCAGUGUGGUCUUUCCAGACAUCCCAGCCGAUCAACUGUCGGUUCAGCAAACCAAAAUUCUAGCAGAGGCAAUCGAAACUCGGAGACUGCAAAUCACCCGUUGGUACCGCUGGAUGACCAAUGUGUCACGCUUGAGCCGUACAAGCGGGACACGGGGGGUGCUCAAAUUCGAUGCGGUGUUGGCAGGUGGGAUAAACAAAGGACGCGCACCCAAAAAGUUGCACAUAUAUUCGCAAGAGUACUAUAAUGAGAAGGUCAAGGUAGACGCGGACAAAGCUAUUCGCACGGACAGUAUCACCGACCGUGGUCCAAAGCUGAACAAGCGUUUGGCUGUCACUCAGGAAAAGUUCGAGGCCGAGACGAAGUUUGCCAGAGAUCGCAAGCGCCUGAGGGCUGGUAAGAUGCCAAAGGUCAAUGAAGAAUCAAAAAUCAGGGCCAUUCGGGAGCUUGGACCGAUGCUAGACCGCGUAUUCCGUUACAUGUCUCACGCGACCGGCGGCUGGAAGUUUUCAGUCCUCAUGGCAGGACCUGACCCAACGCUGGGCGGGACGAUGGUUUAUGAUUAUCACAUAGGCGAGCUUGAAAAUGGCGUUCAGUUCAACAUAUUUUGCGACAAGUUUAAUGUCAUCCAGGAAGCGUUUUUGGACUUUACUAACAAAGCGCUUGCAUUUGAAGCUAGUCUCCCUGAAGAUAAUGAGUGUGACUCAGACGAUGACACCAACGAAUCAACAAUCGAUGGAGGAGAUGAAGCUAGCGGCAGUGGUGGUGGUACGGCCGUGGGUGAAAUCAACAGCACUGCCUUUCACACGGACAGUGUGUAUACCAUAUCACCUGAUCCAGAGUCACAGGAGCAUGAAGUUCAAUGUUCUGCAUUACCAUUACCAAAUGAUUUUGGUUCAAUGGAGGCAGACCACUAUUCAGACUCGGCAACUCAGGAUCAGCGUUAUGUUUUACCCGGCCAACUUGAUUUCCAAGAUCUUCACCUCGAUCUAAACCAACUGGGCUUGGACAACGAUGUUCAGUUCCAAGCGCCUGCCCUGGACUCAUUCACCCCGAACUUUGUGAAUACCGAGAAUCACACCACUGGCUCUCAGAAUGACGUUCCUCAGAUCUCGGCGCCUCCUCUGGACUCGUUAAACCUGAACUUUGUCAACAACCUCUCCGCUGGCCCUCAGUUCCAAGCCCCCUUUGAAUCAAUAUCCGAUAUGCCAUUGAUAUUGCCCCCUCCUUCAACUCCCCCGCGGACCCCACACGCAACUGAUGUUCGUCUGCCUGCGGUUCCCGAUGAGGGAACUGGCCCAGUGGGUCUUGACUUGGAGGUAGUGGUGCCUUCCCCUCCCAACCAUCGCCAACGUACAAGAACGACUCGGGCAGCUGUAGUAAGUAAGGAUGCACAACAGAUCCCUCCGCCAGAAGAAACUCGCCAGCGCCGUGCACGCAAUGUUGCUUUCAAUCGACGUGAACUUGACAAUGCCAUUGGUACUUCAUCUGCUCGGCGCAACAAACGAGGACACGACAAUGACAUAGGCUCAAACAAGAGACACAAGCGAGGGUAA